AUGUCCAAGCAUUUGCAAAAGUUGAAUCACGAGUUCUCGAGGAAGUCAGAGAAAGGUUACAAUGGGUUGGACGGGAGCAGAAAAGAAUUCAAUCUAGAUACCAUUGGAAGUGGCACUAAAAAUCAGGGCAUCUGGCAUAAUGGUAAUGGUUCUAUGAAGAAAAGACUGAAUGCCCGUGGGUAUAGAGAAUGGAUGAGCUCACGUGCAAGUCAAGCUAGGAUGUCAAAUAUACUUGGAAAGAGGGAUUGGAUACCUCAAACUGGAAGUGGUUCUACUAGAGCGAAUGCUUCCGAUGAUAUUGAGAAGUUGCCUGCUGAAAAUUGCUCAUCCUGCUCUAAAAAGAGACGAAGGUUAGAUUUUGAUACAGAACAGCAGGAUUGCUUUUGUAGUGCAAAACCUGGCCAUGGCUUGGAUGGAUUCUCACUUCCUAAGGAUGGAAGGGAAUCUAUGUCCAGAAUCAAUAUGGAACCUGCCAAAGAGGACAUUUAUGAUGCAUGGGGCGAGGAAUCCCAUUUAGAAGUUAAAACUGAUGGUGAACAUAAUGCAUGUGCCGUUUGCAUGCUUGGGGGAGAACUCUUGUGCUGUAAAGGAAAUGGCUGCCGAAGGAAAUACCACCUUUCUUGUCUUGAUCCUCCCUUUAAUAAUGUUCCUCCUGGAGUUUGGCACUGUAUGUGUUGUGUCAAAAAGAAGAUAGAGUUCGGUGUUCAUUCUGUAUCUAAAGGAUUGGAGUCCGUCUGGGACAUUAGAGAUGCUGUUUUAGAUGAUGAAGAAAUGCCGAGGCGAAAGGAAUAUUUGGUGAAGUAUCAAGGUCUUUCGCAUGUUUACAAUCAAUGGAUUCCAGAAAAGAAUCUGCUCCUUGAAGCUCGAAUGCUUGCUGCAAAGUUAAAUAAUAAAAAUAAGAUAAUAAGGUGGAAAAUGGAAUGGGCUGUGCCACAGCGUUUGCUUGAGAAACGACCAUUAUCAUUAGGAAAAUGUAAGGAUGGGUACUGUCAUGGGCACAGCGAGAUUAAUUCAGAUUGCUGUUACGAGUGGCUGGUGAAAUGGACUGGUCUUGAUUAUGAUCAAGCUACAUGGGAGUUGGAGAAUGCUUCGUUUCUAAUAUCACCUGAAGCUUUGAAGCUCAAGAGGGAUUAUGAAAUUCACCAUGGGGGGACAGAAACUGUUGGAUGUGUUGGUGCCUACCACCCAUUCGGGAGUGUUGCAACUUUAGGGUUUAUCUUUCUGAGGCUUUUCAUUACUGCUUCUGCAUCAUCAAACUUCUCUGCAGAACAAACUUCUGAUUUUUCUAGGUCAUCAGAGUUGUCAUCUGAAUGUUCACCUGGAGCAUAUAGUCACUAUCAAUGUUAUGUCUCUAAACAUCUUGAGCAUUGGAGCAAAGGUCAGAAUGCCAUUGUUGUUGAUGACCACGGAGAUCAGGAAAGGGUUGCGAAGCUGAUCUUAUUCAUGGUGUCUUUGCAACGUGUUAUUCUGAAGCCUUUUCUCAUAAUCACCAGUCUCGAUGUUCUUGCUGUAUGGGAAUCCGAGUUCUUACAUGUGGCUCCAUCUGCCAAUCUUGUGGUUUAUAAGGGGAACAAAGGUAUCCGCAGAAGCAUCAGAUCAUUGGAAUUCUACAAUGAAGCUGGUCAAAUAAUGUUCCAAGUUUUAUUAUCCUCUUCCAGCAUUGUUGUUGAGGAUUUGGAAGAGCUAAAAUGCAUACAGUGGGAAGCAAUAAUUAUAGAUGAUUGCCAACGAUUUUGUGUCUCUAGACAUUUCGAAGAAUUUAAGAUACUUGUUGCUGAUACAAGGCUGCUUCUUGUUAGCACUCAAAUCAAGGAUUGUUCAACUGACUAUCUGAAUCUGCUUUCCCUCCUUGAUUCUGGACCAUAUCAGCUAAGUGGUGACCCAGAAAUUUAUUCUUCUACUCAUAUAAACAAAUUAAAGGAAAGAUUGGCAUCCUACAUAGUGUAUGAAUGCAAGUCAGGCCCCUUUAGGUUUGAAGAGUAUUGGGUGCCUGUUCGGCUUUCUAAUGUUCAACUUGAACUGUAUUGUGCUAAGCUGCUUUCAAACUCAACGUUGCUUUGCUCAUCCUUGAACGGUGAUCGAGCUGAUGUCCUUCGUGAAAUUAUGAUUUCUACCCGGAAGUGUUGUGACCACCCUUAUCUCCUGGAUCAAUGUUUGCGAACCAAUGUCAGAAAAGACUUUGCUGCCGAAGAAUGUUUAGAUGCUGAGAUACAAGUGAGUGGAAAACUGCUUCUACUUGACAAAAUUCUUCUGGAGGUUAAGGAUCGGGGUCUCAGAGCUUUAAUAAUGUUUCAGUCAAUUGGUGGCUCUGGUAGAGAUUCAGUUGGAGACAUCUUGGAAGAUUAUGUUCGGCAAAGAUUUGAUAGAGAUUGUUAUGUGCGGAUUGAUGGUGGAGUAUACGCCCGUGGAAAGAAGCAAGCUGCACUGACCAUGUUUAAUGAAAAAAUAUAUUCCGUUUGUAUUCAUGUUGUACCAAUCGAAGAAAAGGUUCUGAUUCUUGCAAAAGAAAGUCCAACUUUAGAUAAUUCCAUAAAUUCUAUGAACCGGAAUGCUUCUGCACUGCUGAGCUGGGGUGCGUCUUACCUAUUCAAUAAACUUCAUGACUUCCAUGAAUGCAAAAACUCGUUACCUGGAUCCAACAUGUUUUCUGAAGAGUCAUUUUUGGAUGAUGUACUCUGUGAGUUGACAGCCCAAUUGCCUUCAAGUACCAAAAAAAGCAACCCUGGCAGCUACUUUUUCCUUUCAAAAGUAGAAAAUAACGGAGCCUACGAGAAAAAUAUUUUGCUAGUUGGUGAAAAAGAAACAAGUUUAAUGGACUCUGAGUCCGAACCAUCUUUUUUCUGGGAAAAACUUCUCAAAGGCAUGCUUCCUCGUUGGCAUUUUCUUUCAGAGUCAUCUCAAAGAAUCCGAAGACCCGUUCAGUAUGUUGAUAACUUGCUAGAGGAAUCUAGAUUUGGAAAUGUGGUAAAGAAGAGCUGGAAGGUGAGAAACAAUCAAAUUGAUCCUAUAUAUUUGAAAUCAACGUGGAAGCGCAAAAGAGAGCUACUUGGUGCAGACAAGAAAUGCAAAGUGGCUGAUAGAAAGGGUGCCUCAAAUCAGGUGAAUGGUUCUCCAGCCAUGCAAUCUGCAGCAGAUGGCAUUACCAGAGUACCUGAAGUGGGGAUGGUUGAAUCUGCAAAGCAGAAUAAAUUGCCUAGUCUAUUGAAGAACACUGAUUCUUUGUUGAAGCAAGAGAUAAAACAGCUUUGUGACAUUCUAGAAUUUCCAGAGAAUGUCAAGGAUGCCGCUAUGAUGUUCCUUGUCUUCAUAAUGAAAGAUUACAAUGUCAGUUGGGAGACUGAAUCUACAUUGCAAGCCUUCCAGAUAUCACUGUUUGACUGCAAGGAAGAUGAGGCAAACCACAUUUUCUCCGAACUACAUGGUUUUAAGAAAGCAUUUGACUUACAUUUAGAGAAUGCAGAGAUUGUUAAAUCCAAUCAUGCAGAAAAUUUGAGAGGGAUGCUGACGAUGUCUAAACAUGCAAAGAAUAUUAAGUCAACCACAUCUGACCUGCGAGAUUUGGAAGAGGCUGAGUUGCCUGGGGGUGUUCAUGGCCAGAGUAAUUUAAACCAGUUGAUGGAUUUGGAAGACGGAGAGAUACCAAUGACCUCAAAUGAUGUAAAGUUUUCAAAGUCAACCAUGACUGACCAGCAAAAUUUGGAAGAGGGGGAGUUACCUGUGGACUUUUCAGAUCAACUGAUAGAGUUGGAGGAGGGGGAAAUACCACUGAGCUCAGAUCAUCUAAGCAGUUCCAGAUCAACCACAUUGGACCAGCAAGAUUUGGAAGAGAGAGAAAUAGCAACUGGCUCUCUGAACCAGCAUCUAUCAGAUAAAUUGGAAGAUUUGGAAGAGGGAGAAAUUCCAAGUGGCUUACAGAGUAUGAAUCUUGUAGAUCAACGUGAACGUGUGGCUAUGACACAGAAACAUUGCUCUGGGAUAUUAGAUAAUCCUAUCAAGGAUAAAAUGGAUGAUUCCAAUUAUCAAAUGAAAUUACAUGAGGAAAAUUUCAUGAGUUCCCAGGCCGCAACAAGUUUUGUUGAGGAGCAACAUAUGAUCAAUAAGAUAGUAUUAGAGAAAAUAACUGAGAAACCGGACUCUGAGUUAAAUGUAGAUGAAACACAGUCUAGUGACAUAGCCAUAGUUCAUGAUGAUUCCCAAAAUGGUACUCCUGAGACUAUACCUUCCUUAUCAAUUCAGAACCAAUGUGAUACUGUACCAGCUAUGCCAUUGAAGGUUUUUGACAUUUCUAUUAACAAAAAGGAAAUCCACACUUCACCUAUUGGAGCUGUAACUAUCAACAUAGAUUCUGAUACAGAGAGUGAUGGAGUGGAGGCAAUUGUCUCAGAAAAUGUACCAGCCACAUGCUGCAAGCAGAAUGUAGUUAAUAAUUCCGCUUAUGGUGCCCCUAUAUCGUCUCCGAUUGAAAAUCAGAGUACUGCUAGAAAUGUGCAGAUGAUUGGCUCUGUAAUGCAACGUUCUGAAGUUUCUGAAACUCAGCUACAGGAAGUGAUCUUGGUUGAUGAUGUCUCAGGGAAUGCUGCUUAUGACAUGCCUACCCAAAAAGAUUCUCUGAAUUUGGUAAGAGCAGAUGCAUCAGACGUUGACCAAAGUGGUAGAGCAGUCCCUUUCAUUUGUGAAGAGUCCCCUAAUAUGGAGUGUAACAGGACCAGCUCAUCCUUGGCACAGCAAGAUACUAUAACGGUCCAGGGAAAUUCAUUUCCUGUGCAACAGCUGCCAGUUUCCACAGUUCUAUCCAUUGCUCAACACAGUUUACGUGGCUUAGAGAUUCCGUGUUAUCAAAAUGGUGGAAGACAUGCCUCCAGUACAGAAGCUCAAGUUUCACCAUUGUCAGAAGCCCGAGUGGAAUUAUUUAACCCUGAUGUCAGAGAUUUGAGACUGCAACCUUUGCCCAGCAUGUAUGUGGAAGGAAAUGAAACUCAUGUUCAGGACCUAAGAAAAAAUGAUUUUCUGGAUUUUAGGAGUGCGGCUACUGUUUCAGGAUCUUUGAGCAAUCACCCUCUUCUUGAUAACCCUGUGACACCUGAGUUCCCUCAGCCGGCUUGUACAGAUUCGCUUCAAGCUGAAAUGCUAAAGAUUGUAAAGGAUGAUCUGGAUGACUUGGGGAGACACGGAGAUCUGAUAUUGCGUAUCAAAUCUCAGCGUGAGAAAGAACUAGAAGAGGUAAGCAAGAAGUAUGGCAUGUUACUACAAGAUACUGAGAGAAUAGCCCUGCAAAACAGGAAGGAUCGGCUGACAAAUCUCAACAAAGUUUAUGCAAAUAAGUUACUGGCUGAGGCUGUAUCAAUGAGCUUUAGACAAGGUAUUCAUAUUGGAAGUAUGUUUUCAUUUUUGCAUGUGUUUGUUCUGUUUGAAGAUCAGCACAUGCUAGACACCCUUGCAACAAAGUAA